UGUCAUCUGACGGGACAGAAAGACAGACAUUGUGAACCAGAGACGGGCCGACAACCCUGAGCACACGGGCUUUACUGGAAAUGAGCGGCUGAUUUCCCCGUUGAACUCGGUUUAAAAAAAUGCGUAUUAUAUGUUAACAGUAAGCCUAGUCCUAAUGUUGAAUUGCUCAUCCAGUACUUAGGUUAUUACUUGGUUGGAGUGAGUAUCGGCGGGACGUGUUGAAGAGUAUGGACCACAACGCACACCACACGCAUAUCGGCUGUGUGAACAUCGGCACCCUGACGAGCACCCUGCCGGUGAUCCCUUAUCAGAAGCUGACUGAUCUACACUACCUCAGCAAAGGAGGCUUCGGCACUGUGUUCAAGGCUCAGCACUCGGACUGGCGAACCUCUGUAGCCAUCAAGUGCCUGAAAAUCGACUCUCCAGUUGGCGAAAGGGAGAGAAAUAGCCUGCUGAAGGAGGCUGAGGUACUCCACAAAGCCAGGUUCAACUACAUCAUCCAGAUCUACGGUGUGUGCAACGAGCCAGAGUUCUUCUGUAUCGUUACAGAGUACAUGUGCAAUGGUUCUUUGGACCGCCUGCUCCACGAGAAAGACUCGUAUCCCCAUCUCCACUGGCCCCUGCGGCUGAGGAUCCUUUACCAGAUCGCGCUCGGGGUCAACUUCCUCCAUAAAAUGACCCCGCCACUGCUGCAUCACGACCUCAAGACACAGAAUAUCCUGCUGGACGGGGAAUUUCACGUCAAGAUUGCAGACUUUGGCCUGUCCAAAUGGCGGCAGUUGUCCAUCAGUAAAGGUUCUGGGUCCAAACCUACAGAGAUAGGGGGCACCAUCAUCUACAUGCCCCCCGAGGAGUACCACCCCAACAGGAUCCGCAAGACGGACGUCAAGUACGACAUGUACAGCUACGCCAUCAUCAUGUGGGAAGUGCUGUCCAGGCAGAUUCCGUUUGAAGACACGAUCAACCCCAUGCAGAUUAUGUUCUGCGUGAUAAACGGGACCCGCCCUGACACGGGUGCAGGCAGUUUGCCGGACGACACCCCAAGUAGAGAGACCUUGGUCCGCCUCAUGACCUGCGGCUGGGCGGGCGAGCCUGACGACCGGCCCACCUUACUUCAGUGCUUGAUGGAGCUGGAGCCCAUGCUGAGGAGAUAUGACGACAUUGACUUCCUAGAGGCCGUCUUUGAAAUCAAGAAGUCAAAGAGGAGGAGUGUGAGCUGCUCUCCGGGCCAGGCAGUCUGCCAGAAGGAGGCACAGAGAUCCAUGGACUUUCUCAAGGAAAGCCCCAGGCCUUGGCCGGAAUCCUCCACCUCCUCAGGCUCCGCCUCCUCUCAGGAAACUGACAUAUCUCAGCCAGGGCUCCUCACCAGCAUCGACGCCCCUCCAACUAAAGACCCCCCUUCAGACGGAGUUCAGGCGUCAUUCCUAUGCCAGACCCUGGAACGUCCGGCACCCCUGAGGGACCUAAGCCCCGACCAGGACAUGAACUGUCCCCACGCCAUGCCCACCAGGCCCAUGAAGGACCCCGGCCAGGCCUACUGCCACGGGGGCGUCGCCUUGUGUGAGACCCUCAAACAACAGACAACGGACGACUUCCCCGUCAUGCCCAUCGGACAAUUGCAGGAACAAGGGGCUCCAGACCCGGCAUUGGUUCAUCAAGCAACAAGAAAUCCCUCGGGGCCCCAGCAGGGCCCGGUGGGCCGCUGGAUGACAUCUCGCCGCGAGGAGAUCGUGGAGAACAUGACGGAGGCUUGCCUGAACCAAAGCCUUGAUGCCCUUCUGGCCCGCAGCCUCCUGAUGCGCGAGGACUAUGAGCUUGUGCUGAACCAGCCCACGCGCACGGCCAAGGUACGUCAGCUGCUGGACACCGCCCACCGGCACAGCGAGGACUGCUGCCGCCUGGUAGUGCACACUUUGUACAGGAACAAGCAGAAUAGACUGCAGCCAUACCCAGCCGUGAUCGUGUCCCCGGUGACGCCGGGGCCCAGCGCCCCGCUGCUCUCCCUUGGUGACACCUGCCCCGAGAGGAGGUAGCAGCAGCAGCAAAAGAAGAUCAGCAGGGCUGCCUUGAAGUGGACUGAUGGGGCAGCUCAUGGAGGGAGCUUCCACAAAAAUGGGUCAAAUAAGGAGACUUCUGGGAUUCUGGCGGACAUCUUGGUUUUUUGGUUUCCAAGACAGACAGACAGACAGACAGACAGACAGACAGACAGACUUCAUAAAGUUGCACAGCGGUAAGAAAUGGUCGCAAGGAAGAUGAUGAAUUCUUUGGAGUUGGCGUUGAAUACGGUCGACUGCUUCCGUUAUUGCUUAUAUGUUGUUUUUAAACAAGUUUUUUGGAGGUUCAGUUAUGUAUAGCUCUGUACAUAAGUCUUUUUGUAUGGCCAUUUAUUUAUAAAAAUGCUAAGUAUUUUCAGUUGGUCUAAAUUAGAUAAGUAUUUAAGUUGUGUUAGGUAUGAAUGGAAGAACAAGAGUAGCUGUGUCUUCUUUCACUGCAUUUCAUGGCAGUUCAAAAUAUAUGGUUCAUGGUUUGUGAUUUGUUAUUAAGUGCGGCACUAAGGUAAUGCUGUCAUUAAGGUGCAUAACUUGCAGUACUUGAAGGACGGCUUGUGUUGGACUUAACAGGAGGCACUUCUACCAUAUUCUACUCAGUAGGAUAUAUGGUGCCUUUUAUAUAAUAUAUCAUGUUCAGCAUAAUGUUGCAAACAUCGUCGUUUGUGAGAAGCUAAAUAAAUGAUCUGGACUGUAUUUCACUGGAUAAUUGUGUUAUUACCGUUGGAGCAUCCAGUAUUUAUUACAGGUGACAUAGUGAGCAUUCCUUCCAUUCAUGAGACAGUUUAAUUAGAGUAGAACUGUAGACAGGAUCAACUUGCUUUGUCUCUACUCCAUAGCAACCUUUUGUUAUGUAUUUAAGGCUUUUUUCUUUUCAUUUGCAUUUGCAGUUUUUACACACAUAUGAAUAAAAAUGUUCAUAGUA